GGGUAUCAAUACAAAUGAUGUCAUCCUAACAUUUAUUCUAAGGUCUGGCGAAAGAAAAGUUUCCCGUUGCAGUUCUUUUCUUUGUCUGGGGUUAUAGGUUUAUUAGUUUAUUAUGUUUCAUUGUGAGCUUGACUUUAUUGAAUUGCAGUGGUGGCCGCGAAUCGUCAGCAAAACACAGAGUUAAGCUGAUAAUUUCUUCACCUCUUCAAGGAACUCCAGAACAACUGGUCUGGCUCUCCGGUCGUGGAAGGGGAACAUAUAAAAUAUGGUUAACUCUAGAAGUUUAGACCCAGAGUGCCAGACGUUUAUAAGUGAUAUUACAGCGCGUAACUGACAUAAAAAGGCUCUAGCCAGAUCGAGAGAGUUUCACCAUGCAGUGUCCAAUUUGUUUAGAUGAUUUUAAAAACCCGGUAGUUUUGCCGUGUGGACAUAGCGUAUGUCAAGGGCGAUGUUCAGAUGGAUUAAUCAAAAACCAUAAAAUAACGUGCCCAAAAUGUCGUUCAACAUUCUGGAUUCCACAGGGUGAACAUUUGCCAAAGAAUUACGACCUAGUCGAAAUGAUAAACAAUAAAGACAUACAGGAAAUUCCGUCAAAAUGUGAAACUCACCCAGAAGACACAUUGAUAAUGUUUUGUACAGAGUGUUACAUACCCCUAUGUGUAAAAUGUUACGUGGUAUUUAACCCUGUGGCAGGGCAUGUACCCGAUCAGGCCCUUCACAAGGAACAUGGUGUUAUACCCUUGGACAAAAUGAACGAAUAUAUACGUGAUUUGGUGGGUGUAACAUCUAGUUACAUAAAAUAUAAACAGAAAGAAGAGAUGAAAUAUCUGCAAGACUUAUUAGUUACAAAUGAAACCGUCCAGGAUGUUGUAGAUACUAAAUGUGAAUUGAUCAGAAAUAAAACUGACCAAUUAAAGCAAUAUUUAGAUGAGAACAGUUCUCGUCAGAUAGAGGCUAUCAGAUCAUCAACUGUCAAUCAAGAAAUCGUUGACAUUUCUGACCAAUCAAUCGGGAGAUUACAGUUAUAUUCUGGUCUUCUGGGACAAUGUGAGAGAUUGUCUCAGACAGAUUUAUCGCUGAAUACUACAGAAAUACAGGGAUUUUUAAGAGGUUUAAAUGAUAUACCAGAUUGUGAAUUGCGACCAGACCCCAGAUGUUAUUUAAAUAACAGUAUUACAGAAGGAACUGUUGUAGAUGUAUCAUCUGCAGUAACAGCCAUACAACGUUGUUUUACUACACCCGCUCAAGGUAUACCAGAUAAACCGACAAUUGAAUUAGAAGACUGUGUGGCAAAUAAUGAAUCUAUAUCUGUGACAUGGAGAUAUGCCCCAUGUGACAAGGUCGGCUAUUUUACAGUCUAUUAUCAAACCGCCAUCUUUGCUUUUGGUAACUGUUCAGAUCAGACGAGUAUUCUAGUUGGAGAUUUUGGACGGUCUAUAGGCCACGUGACAGUUCGUGAUUUACAGACAGAAACACGUUAUAGAUUGUAUAUUACUGCUAGUAAUGAACAUGGGGAAAGUGCUCGUUCUGAUAUUCUCUAUUUUAAAGCUUCAAGUGUUGACCCACAGAUGAGAGUUUUCUAAUUGGUAUCCGAACCAUGCAGUGGUCUUUUGCUGUUGAGUGAAAUUUGUGUGCGUGUGUAGGGGCACAACGGAACGGAAAUUAUCAGGUUCCUUUUAGAUUUGCGGCUUGGAUCCCUGCACAUAUUGAGAGGAAAAUUAUUCUGACAAAAGAUUACCAACAACCACAUAUAGUGAGCGACGUCGUGUAUAGCGGGACGGGAUUGGUUUGGUUGGUUCCGACUAAUUGUAAUUCUGUUAAACUAUGGGUUUCCAAGUGAAUACCUUUAUAGUUCACCAAAUGUGCCGUCAUCAUAGUUUGGGACAAAUUCUUGUGCUUACUUAAUACUGAAUCUUAUUUAUGCCAUAGUAAUCUGUCCUGUUUGCUAUCUCUCACAGACAUGCGUCAGGCGUAAAUUCAAAAUUUGUCAAGCUCAAAUUUUCUUUAAUAAUUUAUUGGAUAUAACUAAAAUGAUUAUUUCCAAGCCUGGCUCGUUGUAAAUACGAUACUAUCCCGAUACGUAGCUAUUAAUCAAAACCACGCUUGUCAUUUUCCCUAGAAGUCUGGAUCAAAUUCGAUAUAAGAAUGCGAGCGUGGCUGUUAAAAUGCAAACACGAAUUGAAAGAUGGAGAUUUUAAUAAUGAAACACAGCAAUUAUAACAGGGGCUACAAUAUAUACGUUAUUGUAUAAUCCUCUGUGGUAAUGUGAUCUGUAAUACUAGUGAAAUUAAGGUAGGAUCUGAAAUACUAGUAAAUGAUCUAUAUGUAUAACCGGUGUGUCUGUUUAGGCAACAAUACUGUUGCUUUACAGCAUUUAUAAAAAUCUAUGUGUUCACACAACAUAAUGUAUUAUUAUAUGAAAUGUGUGUUUUUUGAAAUAAUAAAACCCAU